AUGAACCUGGAGAAUCAAAUUGCUGGCGAAACCACCAUAGAGAAACUGCCAGACAAUAUUUUGCUAGAAAUUCUACGGUACCUGUCUCUGAAAGAUCGCUGUCGAUCACGCAGGGUUUGCAAAAACUGGAACCGAAUUCUUUCUGACAAUUCUUUAUGGAGACACGUUGAUCUGCUGGAGUAUCGUCUUGACCUGCGGACAAUGUGGAAAAUUGUUAGAACUCAUUUCUCUCCAUGUUUGUCAUCAAUCAAGAUUCGAGGUUAUACUCGAGCAGAUGGCCGCAAAAAAAGGAAAGCCUCCCUUUCUGAUCCUAUGCUCAAAGAACUGGCUGCCCGCUGUCCAAACCUGCAGCUGCUUCAUCUUCAUGACUGUAGGACCAACAACAUUUCUUUUGCUUGUCUUCCUCCAUCAAUUACAUGCUUACAAAUGGUCAGCUCUAUUUGGCAGCCUCGAUGGAUGAAAGAUAAACAGAAUCAUUUAAAAAAGCUUGAACACUUGACUCUAGACAAUUCUGUGCGGGUGGAUGCCUUUGAUUUGGAGGACAUUGCUUUCUGGAAGAACUUGAAGCGUUUGUCUCUCAUGGGGUGCUAUAGGGUAGGGACAUCUGGUGUAAAAACCAUUUCUGAUAAUUUGACAGAGUUAGAGCUCUUAAAUCUUAGUGGUACUCACAUAGAUGAUUUGGCAGUCCAUCACAUUGCUCAUCACCUGAAGAAACUGAAGCAACUAUAUCUUGCCAGAUGCAUAUCAAUCAGUAACGGAGCUCUUGCUACAAUAGCUGAGGGACUUCCAUUGUUAAAGAAGCUGGACAUUUCAUAUUGUAGAUAUAUCACAAUGGUUGGAUUAGAAUCAUUGUUUGGUAUCAAACUAUCGGUACUGAUUAUUGGAGGUAUGGACAGAUUGUCAGAGGAAGAUAUACAGACUUUGAAAAGAGGUUUUCCUGAACAUUUUAUUUUAAAAGCCUAG